AUGAGUGGUCUACUGCCGAAUGACCCAGCUACAAAAGUUGACAAAAUUGGGGAUGUAGAAGAAACAUAUAAGAUUGAUAAAUUUGUCAUGAUCGUAGUUGACGCAUUAAGAUCGGCCACAUGUUCUGCUUCAAUUGUUCAACCCCCUACUGUGACACUACCGCGAAUAAAGGCAAUCGUCUCAGGGAGAAAUCCGAAGUUUGUUGAUAUUUUGCACAACGUAAAUGCAGAAACUAUGGUUGAUGAUAAUUGGGUAACUCGUUUGGUAAAUCAUCAAUGGAAAAUUCAAUUUUAUGGGGAUGAUACUUGGAUAAAGCUUUUUCCUAAAAGUUUUCAGGCCUAUGAAGGCACAAAUUCUUUCUAUGUUAAUGACUUCUAUGAAGUAGAUGAAAUGUAA